CCCGUCAAAGACGACUGAAGUCAUGAAGGUCAUAAAAACAACAGGUGUAAUGGAACCACGAAAAACAACGCCAUGCUGUGCUGUGGGACUACAGCUCAGGACAUCCUGUGUUAGUCCAUCCUCUUUCCGAACGGGCCACAUUCCAGGAAAUACAAGCCUAAUCUCGAGUUCUCAUGAACCGCAGGAAAAAGUCAGCAUUCACUUUGUCACCCAUCGGUGUUGCAGUGAGCUGUGUGUGAGCAAGCAAGCUUCCUUCCCUCCCCUAUCUGCACAGUCAUCACGAAAUGAGAACCUGGCCGCGAUGACCCAAGGAUGCCUCAAGUGUUUAAAGUACACCAUGUGUGUCGCCAACUUUCUUUGUUUUAUGUCUGGUGUGGCCGUGAUGGGCUUCGGCGUGUACCUGAUGGUGAACUUCAAACUGACGGCACUCACACCUUCCCUGGCCAACUUUAAUUUAGCCAACAUGUUGCUGAUCAGUGGCAUCAUCAUCUCGUGUCUUUCCUUCCUGGGCUUCCUGGGAGCUCUGAAAGAGAACCGCUGCCUCCUACUGACGUUCUUCCUGGUGCUCUUCUUCCUGCUGCUGGUGGAGCUGACUGCUGCGUGCUUGCUUCUCCUCUACGAACAAGACAUUGCCAAAUGGGUGGAGCGUGAUCUGAACGACGGUUUGAAGCAAGCAAAAGGGAAACAUCCGGAUGAGUACCGCAGUGAGUGGGAUCUGGUUCAGAAAACGUUUGAUUGUUGCGGGGUGCACAAUGUGUCAGACUGGGGAGAUAAUGUGCCAGAUUCCUGCUGCUUUCAAGACUGCAUCGACUCACAGAUGCGACAGUACAGAUCAACUGGCUGUUUGGACAAGAUAAGGAGCUGGUUUGAAGAAAAUUUCCUAAACACUGGGAUUUCUGUUAUUAUCCUCUGCAUUAUUGAGGUCUUAGGGAUGUGUUUUGCCAUGACACUCUUCUGCCACAUCAGCAGAUCUGGACUGGGCUACAAGUUGUAGAACAGAGAGCAGCGUGUGUGUUUGCAUUUAACAGUUUGCAAUGUUUAGUUAGUUGCGCCCUUCCAAAUACUCAUGACUUGACUGAGCAAGACUGUUCAUUAAUGACAUUUUCUAAAUUGUGACUCAUGACUUACGCAUGUAGCUUGGAUUUUUCCCAGUUUAAUCAAUUCGGUGUCUUUGUUCACAUUUCCAUGUACGUACCGAAAAUAAACCUCCAGUUUGUCUCCAA